AUGAGUAAAGAGGAGGAUUUUCCUCGUUCCAACUUGAAUGGUAGAGUCCUUACACUAGAUAGUAAGGGGAAGCCAUCUUUAAAUAAAGUGAAUAAACCUAAAUCACACUCUUCAUUAUCGCCUGAAAUCAAUGGAUUAACAACACCCUCAAAUUACCCUGAAGAUUACAAACUUCCUAGUUUGGAAUCCUUGAACCCCGGUUCCCUAGUUUUGGGAUCUGUUGCUUUGGUCACUCCCUUCGGUCUUAGAAUUCACAUUUUUAACAACAUAGUGGGCUUUGCAAAGUAUUCUGAGCUAUUCGACCUGGUUGAAUCGAAAUCCGGCGGCUCGGAAGAUAAUCUCGCCUCACCUUUUAGUGUGGGAUCGAACGUCGUUUGCUACGUCCUGGAAGUUUAUCAUUCGAGCGUUGCUUUGAGCCUAAAACCCUCCUUGGUUAACAAGAACCUUAGGCCAAACAAUUUAUUUGCAGGGUUACUUUUACCAGCUACCGUUUUAUCGCAAGAGGACCAUGGUUUUACCUUGUCCUUCAACGUUAACCUGAAAAGCGCAAUCAGCGGGUUUGUUAUGUACGAUGAGAAGUCGAGGGAAGGAGUGAAAAACGAAUUCAUCAAAAGAUACCCACCAUCGUCGACGGCUCACGUGAUCGUGAAUUCGAUGAACCCCGAGAGAGGGCUAGUUAAGUGUGUGUGGCCAUGGGAAUAUAAAACGCCGAUGGAUUUGCACACCGCUACGGUUUUUGACGUGUUGAAACCGGGUCUGCUGUUGACGGCCGAAGUGUCGGAAGUGCACAGAUUAAAGUGCGAAAAUUCAUAUAAACAACCCCUGAGUGGGUACACUGUGAAGUGUUUGGGGUCAUUGACGGCCUUUGUCAGUCCUCUGCACUCGCUUGAGUCGUAUAAACCUGCCGAUAGCGCCGAAGGGUCACUGGGCAAUCUCGACGAUUGCAAAGAAGUAAACGACAGAGCGGAGGCGAGGCUAAUAUAUGUAGAUUUUGAAGCAAGGAAGCUCUACGUUUCCUUACAGUGGCAGCUGCUUAAGUGGAGAGGCCCACUGGGACUGGCGCACAAAAACUUGAAACACACGGUAAUGAGCUGUAAAGUAGUUAGGAGCCUCAGUUCAGGGCUCGUAUUGGAGCACGAAGAGGAGAAGGAACCGUCAACCUUAUUUUUCUGCAGCAUCAAGGACGUCGUGGACGACAAAAGCCUGAAGCCAGCCACAAUAUUGACGUCGAGCACAUACUCGGUAGGAACGGUCCACGACUGCAGAGUAUUGGAUUUCAACUACCUCACGAGGCUGACGCACGUGGCGCUUAAGGAGUCAGUGAUCAAGGAAAAGUACGCAAGCGCAUUUGAAUUUAGUGCAUCGGAGCUGGUAAGGGGGAAGACCGUCAAGUUGGUCAACAGCGGAGCCAUAGUGCAGCUGUCGAGCCUCGUCUACGGAAAGGUCCCGGUCGGGCAUCUAACGGACGUUCCGCCGACAAAAGUGCCCGAAAACUUUCAAACGGGAAGGAAUAUGAGACUUAGAGUACUCAGAUUUGACCACGCACGCAACAGGUUAGUCUUGACGGCAAAGCCAUCGCUGGUAAAUGACACGGACCCAGCGGCAAGGUUCGAUCAUCUCCAUGUCGGCAAGAAGCUCACAGGGUACAUUAUCAACAUGAAGGAAAAAAACUACAUGGAUGAGAAGCAAAAUGAGAGGAUUGUCAUUAAGUUCUACGGAGACCUUCAAACAUACAUGGACAGGCACGAAGUGGAGAGGGCAGAGGAGCUCGGCGUUGACCUAAAAACGGACUCGGUAGUAAAGUGUGCAGUGACCAGGAUGGAUAGCAAAAAACACACGUUCUCAGUCACAGUGGACAGGUCAUACAUAGAAAAGUUGGAGCUGAGUUUGGAAUCGAAGCGACAGUUAAACAGAAACAAGAGAAAAAUGGCCUGCAAAGAAGCGUUUAAGGGUCACAAGCAUAAAAAGAAGAAUAACGCCCAGAAAGAAUGA